GGUAUCAGAGCCGAUUCCGAAACCCUAACCUGUUUUCCAAUCAGUCUUCUAUCCUCAAAUCUCUUUCCCUCUGUCAGCUACUAUCGUUCCCUAUCUCUCUGUUUUUCAGCAACUCAAAUCACAAGAAAUACCCACAGCAGCCGACACCCAUCCCUCCCCAACCGCCGGUGACCUACCAACACUCCGACAACCUCCAGCAGCACUUGCAGGCACUGCAGUAGCUCCGGCAACCUCUGUUACAACUCCGACGAACCAGUCUAAGGCAGAUUGGUACUCUGGUAUUCUGUUUUCUUUUUUGACUGCGUUUCUCUGUUAGCAUCAUGUCUGGCGAUAAAAAUCAGGCUAUUAGUGUUCGUUUGACCGGUAACAACUACUCCUAUUGGGCUCAUGUGAUGAAAAAUUUUGUUGUUGGUAAAGAAAUGUGGGGAUAUGUAGACGGUUCUACGCUACCUCCUUUUGAUCCAAAAGACCCAGGGUAUGCCACUGCCUUGGGAAAAUGGAACACAGGGAAUGCACAGAUUUUGACUUGGUUUCACAACUCCGUAGAACCAAGUAUUGGCAUGAAUUUUUCGAAAUAUAACACAGCAAAGAAAGUUUGGGAUUAUCUACAAGCUCUGUAUCUUGAAUCAAAUUUUGCUAAACGAUAUGAGCUUGAAAUGUCCAUCCGAAACACCACCCAAAACAAUAAAUCGAUUCAAGAAUUUUAUAACGAAAUGACUACUUAUUGGGAUCAGUUAGCUCUCAUGGAACCUUCAGAUUUGCAGCUACUUGAUAGUUAUGUCAGAUUUCGUGAGGAACUACGACUUGUUCAGUUUCUCAUGGCCCUUCGGCCUCAGUUUGAGCCUCUUCGUGGGGCUGUCUUGCAUCGGUCUCCAUUGCCCUCAGUAGAUGGUGCUGUUCAUGAGCUUAUCGCUGAGGAAACGCGGUUCAAAGUGGCUAAUCUUGCACCUCCCUCACAGUCUGUCUUUGCUGCUCCAUUUGCUCCAUCUGGCCAAUAUCCGACACAUCACUCGCCCACUCCAGCAUCUCAUCCUGUCCAAUUUGCGGCCAAGCCAAGGCCUCAAAUUCUGAAGAUGAGUGUAACUAUUGCCAUCAGAAGGGUCAUUGGAAGCAUCAAUGCCCUAACCGUCCCAAGCCAAAGGGACGAAAUGUUACUCAGUCAACUGGUCCUCAUGCCCCGCAUCAGUCUCGGGCACCACAACAGCAUUCUCGCCCUCCUGCAGCCUUGGCAGCACCAGCCUCCAGUAGUGCACCUCCAGAGUUUGAUUAUGAGCAAUUUCAACAGUUUCAGGCUUACAUGGAAGCCAUUCGAGGGGGUUCCCCCCAAGCUUCUGCCAUGACUACCACUCACUCAGGUUUGCGUGGUUCUCCCACCUCAGGAUCGGGAUUCCAAGAAGCAGAUUGGGGCAGGCCGUAGAGUUGGUGAUCUCUAUCUUUUGGAGCACUUGCAUCUCCCAAUAAAACCUUCUUCCACUGCUGCGUCAUCUUUUUGUUUAGAUCAUAAGUCAUCUCCAUUU